AUGGACUCCGCAGAAUUUCAACCGUUCCAGGACAAGCUGUCGUCCGCCCUGGUCCAAGUGACGCGAACUGUUGGACAGCUCUCUUCCGAAGACUUGAACUUCCACCGCACCUCCAGUGCCGAUGUUACCGAGACGCUAGAUGAACAGAGUGAGCGCAUCAUUGCGCUGACCACCGCCGUGCUCAAAGCUGCGACAACCGGUACCGAUAUCGCCGCACCGACCCUUAAAGAUGAGGAUUCUGUCGACGACAACUGGCGCGGCGUGGUAGACGUGAUCGACUCUCUUUUGGAAAAGGCGGAUGCCUGCCUGGACGAGUUCACAGGUGUGAUCAAGAAAUUGAGUCCAUCGGAGGAAGAGCAGGCGCCUGUGGUGGUAAAGAAAGCGCCUCACUUCCCAUCUAUUUACGACUACGGCCCAUCUAAGAUACCCAAGCCGCAAUUGGAAUUCGACCGCAAACCCGAUAACUCCGACUUGGGGCCUUUUAAGCCUCUGCUUAAGUCCAAGCCGAAUGCGAUUGUCCCGUUGGAGCAGUGCUUGAAGACACAGAAGAUCGAUGGCGCAACCGCUUAUCCCCACCCCUACGCCACUGAAAUCCGUGCCUCCCAGUAUCCCAAGCCCGUCUACGAGGUUUCUCCUCAGGUUGAUUACCUACCCUUUGAGAGUACGACGGCUACAUUUGUUGAUACCUUGGAUGGAGUCAAGGAGAUGUUGGAGGAGCUUAAGAAGGCGAACGAAAUUGCUAUUGAUUUGGAACACCACGACGUUCACUCUUACCACGGUCUUGUGUCUCUGAUGCAGAUCAGCACUCGUGAGAAGGAUUGGGUUGUAGAUACCUUGAAACCCUGGAGAGAAGAGCUGCAGAUGCUCAACGAGGUGUUUACAGACCCCAAGAUCUUGAAGGUCCUUCACGGUGCUACCAUGGAUAUUAUCUGGUUGCAGCGUGAUUUGGGUCUCUACAUGGUUGGGAUGUUUGAUACUUUCCAUGCUGCAUCUGCACUCGGUUUUCCCAAGCGGAGCUUGAAGUUUCUGCUGAACAAGUUUGUCAACUUCGAGGCUGAUAAGCGGUACCAGACUGCUGAUUGGCGAACUCGCCCCCUUCCGUCCGAGAUGUUUGACUAUGCACGGUCUGACACACAUUAUCUUCUUUACAUCUACGACUGCCUACGCAACGACCUGAUUGAAAACUCUACUGCCGAAGCGAGCCACAUUGACUACGUCAACGAGCGGUCAAAGGGCGAAGCGUUGCAACGCUACGAGCGUCCAGUUUACGAUGCUGUGCAUGGACAUGGCCCGGGAGGUUGGUAUGACUUGCUGUGGCGUAACGCUGGUAAUCUCCCUAAGGAGCAAUUCGCUGUCUUCAAGGCUGUCCACCAAUGGCGAGAUGAAGUGGCGCGCGCCGAGGACGAGGGAUGGCAGUGCGUAUUCCCGAAGCACGUCCUUUUCAAGCUCGCUACCGUCAUGCCGCUUGACAUGGGCACUCUGUUCCGCACCCUGUCACCUGUCACCCCCAUCACGAAGGACCGCGCACAUGAGCUCCUGGAGCGCAUCAAGGAGGCCAAGGUUGCCGGUGCUACGGGCCCGGAAUGGCGCGAUACGACACCCCCGAAACCCAAUGUGAAGAUUGCGGAGGUUACCGACCAACAACCCACUGAUUUCCCUGUUGCAAAGCGAUUCGAAACAUCCCAAUUCUGGGGCGAUGUCCUGGAAGCCCAAGAAAUCCCUCUUCCUCCUGCAUAUGCUCUCACUGCCUCGGCAGAGGCCCUUCGCCUGUCUCUUCCAUUGCCGCCCAUGCCGACAACUGUUUCUGAGACUCGGGAAUCCCUCGGCACGGCCCCCAAAAAGCCCGCCGAGGCACCCAAGCUCAAACCCACACCUGCCCCCGAGGCCGAAGAAAAGAAAUACUUCACCGUCAAGGACCUCGGUGGCCCCCGCAAGCGCAAGGUCACCCCCAUCAACGACCCCAAGCAAGCCCUUUCCACCACGGCCGAUCUCGACGACACUAGCAACCCCGACUCGGCAGAGAAGAAGUCCAAGAAGUCCCGCAAAGAGAAGGAGAAGAAAUUCAAGAAGGCUCAAACCGAGAACGAGGCUGCGUUCGACUACAACGCCGCCGACGCCGUCCUCAACGCGCCAUCUUCCUCCACAGCAAUGCAGCCGAAGAAGCGCGCUUUCAACCCCUACGCCAAGGCUCUGGAAGCUCCUUCGGGUGCCCGGAAGACCAAGCGCGAGACGCCUGGCAAAUCUCUUACAUUCCGUCAAUAG